AAGUACAACCCCUCUCACUCUUUCACUCUCUCUCUCUCACCCACACGCCCAUACAACCCACUAAUCUUUCUGAAAAGUCUAAUAAAACCUAUUGCAACAUCAGGUACCGGUUAAUGGUGUUCCCAAAAUGGGUUAACACACUCUUCGACCCCUUAAAUACUUUACUGUGCUCUUUCAUCUUUCUUCUUUUCCAACUCCACCAUGCUCUACGGGCUUCCCUCUUUGUUGGGUUUGUUGGCUUUUCUUGGAAUGCAGCUUCCUCUCAUAAUGGCUGAUUGCCCUUUGGAUUUUACUGGUUCAAACUUUACGCUGGCAUCCUCUCUGUGCUCUAACCAAGGUGACAGGGGAAAAUGUUGCCGCUACAUUAAUGCUAACAUUGCAAUCUCUAUUGCGCGCUUUGCUAAUGCAACAAGCAACCUAGGAGUCCCUCCAAAUGCCUCUGACAUCUGCCUGCAAACCAUAGCUCAAACCUUGCAACUUUAUGGAGUUUCACGAAAUGCAACAGUUUUCUGUGGUUUUGGGACAAAAAUUCCCGUUAAUUAUGAAUGCAAAGGGAGAACUAGUGUUGUCCACAUGCUGCAAUCCCCCAGAUUUAUGGAGGUCACAAAAAGUUGCAAAGUACCACUUGGAGAGGAAAGUAAAUGUAAGAAGUGCUUAAAUGCUGGCAUUGGUUACCUGCAUCAUCUAGGGAUUGAAGAUAAUAUAACACUGAGCACAUGUCGUGAUGCCACUUUUGCUGCACUAGCAAGCCAAGUUGAUGUGAUAUCUACUAUUGACAUUGCAAGUUGUUUCUUUGGGGUUCAGGGACUUCUCAGAUCUCCUGAGUCAUCCCCGUCCUUGCCUGCUCCUAAGCCUUCUCCAAGCCCACUGGUUGCUGAUGGCCCAAGUCAGCCAUUGUUAAGUGCAUCUUUUAAGAGAAACCACCGUUCAUAUCAUUUGACAUUAGUUCCAGGUAUUGCUAUUGCAGUUACAGCUGUUGCUGUUAUCACGCUCAUAGUCUUGAUAGUUCUAAUUCGCCAGAAAAGCAGAGAGCUAGACGAGCCUGAUAAUUUUGGUAAAACUCGUUCAAAAAUCUUACCUCCUUGUGCAACAUGGAAAUUUCAGGAAGGUAAGACUCUGAUUGAUCGUUCUUCAUCUAUGUUCCGAAAAUUUAGCUACAAGGAGAUAAAAAAGGCAACCGAGGAUUUUAGCACCAUCAUUGGCCGUGGGGGAUUUGGAACAGUGUAUAAAGCUCAGUUUAGUGAUGGCCUGGUUGUAGCGGUAAAGCGGAUGAAUAGAAUCUCUGAGCAGGGAGAGGAUGAGUUCUGCAGAGAAAUUGAGCUUCUAGCUCGGCUGCACCACCGGCAUCUUGUUGCUUUGAGAGGCUUUUGCAUUAAAAAACACGAGAGGUUUCUGUUGUAUGAGUACAUGGGAAAUGGAAGCUUGAAAGAUCAUCUUCAUUCCCCUGGUAAAACACCUUUAAGUUGGCGAACCAGAAUCCAAAUUGCCAUUGAUGUGGCCAAUGCACUGGAGUACCUCCAUUUCUAUUGUGAUCCUCCUCUGUGUCACAGGGAUAUUAAGUCUAGCAAUACUUUAUUGGAUGAGAACUUUGUUGCUAAGAUAGCUGAUUUUGGCCUUGCACAAGCCUCAAAAGAUGGUUCAAUAUGCUUUGAACCUGUAAACACCGAAAUCCGGGGAACUCCGGGUUAUAUGGAUCCUGAAUAUGUUGUUACUCAAGAGCUCACUGAGAAAAGUGAUGUAUACAGUUUUGGGGUGUUACUACUAGAAAUUGUGACAGGAAGAAGAGCUAUUCAAGAUAAUAAGAACUUGGUAGAAUGGGCGCAACCAUACAUGGCAUCAGAAACGAGAUUAUUGGAGCUAGUAGAUCCCAGUGUGAGGGAGUCACUUGACUUGGAUCAGCUCCAAACAGUAAUCUCUAUAGUAGGAUGGUGCACUCAGAGAGAGGGAAGGGCACGGCCUUCAAUAAAACAGGUACUGAGGCUUCUGUAUGAGACAUCAGAACCAAUGCACAGUGAGUUUUUACAAGCUGUUGAAGACGAAGAAUGUCAGGGAACUCAGCACAGAGGCAGAAGAAGCAAGGGAAAAAUGCUCCGAAAUGAAGCAAUGUUUCUCAGUGGAGAUGGAAGAUAUCUCGCUUCAUCUUCAAGUACAUCCCGGUCAUAUUGCAGUAGAAGCUUUUUACUUGAGACUGGUUCUCCACAAUCCCCGCCAAAUAUGUUCUCAGUCUGAAACAAUCUUUAGGUUCUUCAAAUUGACUUCAAUUUGUCAUUUACUCACUGACUUCCAACUUGUGGAUUUUUGUGAAGUAGGAAAAACUGUUAGACCGUCCGUAUAUUAAAAUCUUGGGAGAGAUGAGCAAUAUAGCACUUUCUUUGGUUCUAUCAUCCGCAUUGGCUUGCUGUUGCACAUAGUUUAAAGAAGCAUGGGCAAUGAUCAUCGUUAUACCAUUUUUUGAGAAACUGUUUUUAAGAUUACCUUUCAAACGUACAAUACCUGUAACCGAGGCUUUUCCGGUGACAGAUUUCAGUUUC